AUGCGCGUCGGUUUCUUUGCCGUACUUUUCGCCUCGGCUGUUCUAUUGGGGACUGCUGCUCCACUCCCUAACCCUAUGAAGGGGCCCGCAACACACGCAAAGUGGGCAGAGUAUCACCGUUCAGAGGCCGCCAAGCAUGCGGAGUCAGCAAGACAAUUCCGGGAUGUAGCCGAGAUACACGGUAAUCAUGCCUGGAUGGCAGCAGCCAGGUCCGGUUAUGACAACUCCUCAGACGUUCGUCUGGCCGAGAGCAAUAGGAAACUAUCAAAGGAACAUGCGGAUGCCGCUGCCAAACACCGGAAUGCGGCUAAAUGGCACUCUCAACAGAAUCCCCAUAUUAUUUGGUCCCCAUCCCGUCGGCGAAGCAUAGAAGAGUUGGAUUAG